CGGUUACCAGCUCUGCCAUGGCGGCGUUCAAAGGUGGAGAGCAGCAGAACUGCACAGAAAGCCAGGAAUCCGGAGCUGCAGAUGGAGGACUUGGGCAGAGACGCUCUAAACAAUAUACCAGGACCCUCAAACCUCCCAAGAUGGUAGACGGCAGAUUUGAGGAAGAGAAGGCUCAAAAUGGCAACCGGAGGGGAACCCCUGAGGACUUGCGCAUGCCGUUCAUGCAUCAGGGAAGCCCACGGAGAGAUGAGUGCAUUCCACACCUGGAAAAGGCCACAGGUGGACUGGCCAGCCCCGCCGCUUCCCCGGCUGUGGCCGUAGCACCGAAGCCAUAUGAAUGCGAGGAGUGCGGCGAUCAGUUCCGCUUAAAAGGGCUGCUUCGUAUCCACCAGAUGGUCGCCUUGCGGAAGCUGUCUCUUCCUUGCCCGGCGUGUGGCAUUUGCUUUCGCAGCUGCUGGCAUCUGUGGAGGCAUGAGGGGAUCCACAAGCGGGCACAUGCAGACUCUGGGGGAGCUGAUUGCCUGGACGUGUGCCGGGGGGCCGCAGCAGAAGAGAGGUCACAUUUGUGUGCAGACUGUGGGGAGAGCUUCUGCGGGUAUCUCGACUUCCUGCAGCACCAGAAAAGCCACGAGGAGGUGAAGGUCUGGCCAUGCGCACAGUGCGAUGCCGCUUUUACGUACCGGAGCGAGCUUGCGAUGCAUGAAGAAAGCCACUUCGAUGAAGCGUCGCGCGUGCCUUCUCCGUGCGGGGAGAACUGCGUCUGCAGGUUUUCCUUCCUGCUCCAUUUGGCAUCUCAGCUCGAGAAGAGCACCGAGGGCAAUGGGAUGGAUGCGCCGGAAGACGAAAAGCCGCCCUGGGUAGGCGAGAUCAAGCGGGUCAAGCCCUAUUCGUGCCAUCAGUGUGGGCAGGAGUUCCGAUUAGAAGAGAAUCUGGAGGUCCAUUACCGGUAUUGCCAUAAGGAGCGGCUGCAGAAAUACAGAUAUAGGGAGAAAAAACCAGGACACCAAAAGGAUGAUAAGAAACGGGUGCGGAACAGAUCGGUUCCCAAGGCAGGCAGGAGCUGCUCUAGCACUCCAUUGCAAACGUCUUCUGCUAGGUGGGCUUGCUCCCAUUGCGGGAAGACUUUCACCAGUAGGUACGGCCUCUUCAAACAUCAGCAGAGGCACAAAGAAGAGGCGCGCCAGAGUGCUGCAAAGCUCGACAAAAGCGUGAGGCACAAAGAGGAGGAGGGCCAGGCUGCCACGAAGCUUGACGAAAGCGUGAGGCACAAAGCGGAGGAGUGCCGGACUGCCACGAAGCUCGAUGGAAGCGUGAGGCACAAAGUGGAGGAGUGCCGGACUGCCACGAAGCUCAACAAAAAUGCGAGCUCCACAAAUGGCUUGGGGGGCCGCGCUCCGAUCAGCAUAACAAAGAAGUUGCAUAAGUGCCAGGAGUGUGGGAAGAAGUUUGUUUUCAAAAGGCAGCUGGUCGCGCACAUGAAAGCCCACCCUGAAGAGAGCAGCAGCCAACGUACUUCCCACGAAGACAGCUACAAAGACCACAUUCAAAUUUCUUCGGGAACGCGGGCACCGAGCCGUUGGCGACAAGGGGACUUCAGUGCGCCGUCUGUCGCUGCAGAACCGAGGAGGCAAGGCGAGGAGGAGCUCUGUCCAUGCGCCCAAUGUGGCAAGAGCUUUACAAAGCGCUACUUUGCUGACCACCAGGCGUGGCACGCCGGGGUGAGGUUCAUGUGCCGUCUGUGCGGGAGUUUGUGCAACUUCAAGAGUGGGGGUUACCGCCACCUCCAGCAACACAGGAAGAGGGGGGAUUUUUCCACCUGUCCCAAAUGCGGGGUUAGAGGUCAGUCCCAGAAUUGCUUCUGCUUGAUAGAGAGGAUUCACCUCGGGCAGAACCCGCUACCGCUUCUGUACAAUCAGGAAGGGGCGAGUCGGCCCACGGAGGGCUAGCGUGGAAGAUGUUUCCCUCCUGCUAGCUAUAAAUGGCGCACCCCCUCAGGAACAACUCCCGAAAAUGCACAUUAGAGAGAUUUUGUGAGAGAGGGAAUGGCUGUGCGGGGGUGGGGACGUUGGCAUGGGGCGGGGCACACAGAUGGGGCUGGUGACGGAAGAUUGGAGGGGAAUACUGAAGGAGGCUGCCCCAGGCCUGGAGGUGGCUACGUGCAAAGCAAAAUACGAGAAUGUUGGGGGGAAAAAACGCAUCCUGAAACCUCCAUGGCUAGGCCCAUUGGCACGUACUGAGCGCAAGCCAGGAGGGGAGGUUGUUCCUCAUGUUUACAGACACUGAAGUGUUACUGCUUUCUACCUUGAAUAAAACUUGGUAAGUUUCAAA